AUGAAGAUAUUUAUCCUUGUCCUGUUGGCUGCAGUUCUUUUCUACGUGGAGAGCGCUGACACAACGGUUUGUCGGCCUGGUGAACAUCCCAAAGCAUGCAAUAAUUGGGGCGAGCGGAACACUUCGUGUGAUGAAAGUACUUGCUAUAGUCCAAUACCCCCAACCUGCCAAGAAUGCAAGUGCUACGUAGAGGAUGAUGAUUAUUGUGAAGUACAAUGUGUCUGUGACGGCGACACCUUCCGGCUACCCGACGGUACAUGCCGAGACCCUUCUGAGUGUCCAGAAGGCUCUCCUGGACUCAAGUAUGUACCGGAAUAAACAAAAUAAAUAACACCUCCACGUCCAGUACGCCGCAGAUCAUUUCACGAAAUCGUGUUGUUGCUUGUACGCAAAACGAAUAAUUCGUGCAA